GUUUGUGGAAGAGCAGUGCAUGUCCCAGAAUGUCCAGCAAGGAAGUGAAGACUGCUCUGAAAAGUGCUAGAGAUGCAAUCAGAAACAAAGAAUACAAAGAAGCCCUGAAACAUUGUAAGACAGUGUUAAAACAAGAGAAAAAUAACUAUAAUGCCUGGGUUUUUAUUGGGGUUGCUGCGGCUGAACUAGAACAACCUGAUCAGGCCCAGGGUGCCUAUAAGAAAGCUGCUGAACUAGAGCCAGACCAAUUACUAGCGUGGCAGGGGUUAGCAAGCUUGUAUGAGAAAUGUAAUCAUGUAAAUGCUAAGGAUGACUUGCCUGGUGUUUACCAAAAGCUCCUGGAUCUUUAUGAAAGUGUUGACAAACAGAAAUGGUGUGAUGUCUGUAAGAAACUCGUGGAUCUGUAUUACCAAGAAAAGAAAUACUUAGAGGUAGCUCGAACAUGGCACAAACUGAUAAAGAUACGGCAAGAAGAAGGUGCAGAUAACCAAGAGCUUCAUCAACUAUGGAGGAAAUUGACUCAUCUGCUGGCUGAGAGUACUGAGGAGCAGAAUAAUGAAAUUCAGCAAUUGCUUUUAACUGCAUAUGAGAAUGCAUUGGGCUUAUCAGAUAAUAUUCCUAGUGAAGAUCACCAAACACUUUACAAGCAUUUCAUUCAGUGUUUAUCCAAAUUUCCUCUUGAGACUGCUAGGUUGAAGAAGGCCUGUGAAGGAAUGAUAAACAUCUAUCCCACUGUACAAUAUCCGUUAGAAGUGCUUUGUUUGCAUUUAAUUGAAUCAGGAAGUCUUACUGAUGAGGGACAGCAGUAUUGCUAUAGACUAGUGGAAAUGGAUUCAAAAAGUGGUCCAGGCCUCAUUGGCUUAGGCAUUAAAGCAUUACAAGACAAAAAGUAUGAAGAUGCUGUUAGGAAUCUAACAGAAGGCUUAAAAGAAAGCUCUCUCUGCACAACUGGAUGGUAUCAUCUGGCAGAAGUCCAAGUCAAAAUGCACAGACCUAAGGAAGCUGUUCUUUCAUGCAAUCAAGCUCUGAAGAACAUAAAUAAUCUUAGUGUGUCUGGUGGCAGUCUUCAUCAGAAGAAUCUUUGUCUUCGUUUGAAAGCAGAGGCUUUGAUUAAACUAUCAGAUUAUGAAUCUUCAGAGGAAGCACUUCGUACUCUUGAUCAGGUUUCUGAUGCAGAUAAUAUCCCAGGGCUUUUGGUUCUCAAAGGCUUGGCCUAUCUGAAUGAAGGCUCAUUAGAUGAAGCUACAAAGAUUAUGGAAGACCUUCUCUCUUCUUACCCUGACCUAGCUGAAGCUCAUGCCCUCAAGGCUUUGAUUCAUUUUGCCAAAAAGGACUAUCUACAAGCAGAAAAAUGUUUUCAGAGAGCAUUGGAGAAAGAUGCUGAAGUUGCUGAAUAUCAUUACCAACUUGGAUUAACAUAUUGGUUCAUGGGUGAAGAAACAAGAAAAGAUAAAACAAAGGCUCUUACCCACUUUCUGAAGGCUGCAAGACUGGAUACAUAUAUGGGCAAAGUUUUCUGCUAUUUAGGUCAUUAUUACAGAGAUGGAGGAGAUAAAAACAGAGCCCGUGGUUGUUAUAGGAAAGCUUUUGAAUUAGAUGACACUGAUGCUGAAUCUGGAGCUGCAGCAGUUGACCUAAGCGUGGAGCUUGAAGAUAUGGAAACAGCCUUAGCUAUCCUAACAACAGUAACUCAAAAGGCAAGUGCUGGAAUGGCAAAAUGGGCCUGGCUUAGGCGAGGACUGUAUUAUUUGAAAGCUGGUCAACAUUCUCAAGCAGUGGCUGAUUUACAGGCAGCAUUAAGGGCAGACCCAAAGGACUUCAAUUGUUGGGAAUCAUUAGGAGAGGCAUACUUAAGCAGAGGUGGCUAUACAACAGCCUUGAAAUCCUUCACAAAAGCCAGUGAGCUGAACCCAGAAUCCACAUACAGUGUGUUUAAGGUUGCAGCAAUACAACAAAUCCUAGGCAAAUAUAAGGAGGCUGUAGCCCAAUACCAGCUGAUCGUUAAAAAGAAAGAAGAUUAUGUGCCUGCUUUGAAAGGUUUGGGUGAAUGCCAUCUUAUGAUGGCAAAAGCAGCUCUAGUCGAUUAUCUUGAUGGGAAAGCCAUAGACUACAUAGAAAAAGCCCUGGAAUAUUUUACUUGGGCCCUGCAGCAUCAAGCUGAUGUGUCCUGCCUUUGGAAGCUAGUUGGAGAUGCUUGUACCAGUCUGUAUGCUGUCUCACCAUCUAAAGUAAAUGUUAAUGUUUUAGGAGUCCUUCUAGGUCAGAAAGAAGGAAAACAAAUAUUAAAGAAAAAUGAGCUUCUCCAUCUUGGAGGAAGGUGUUAUGGUCGUGCAUUAAAACUGAUGUCUACAUCUAAUACAUGGUGUGAUCUUGGAAUUAAUUAUUAUCGCCAAGCACAACAUCUAGCAGAAACAGGCAGCAACACAAAUGAUCUUAAAGAGUUGCUGGAGAAGUCUUUACAUUGUCUGAAAAAGGCAGUGAGACUCGACAGUAAUAAUCACUUAUACUGGAAUGCUCUUGGUGUGGUUGCAUGUCACAGUGGUGUUGGAAAUUAUGCCCUUGCUCAGCACUGUUUUAUCAAAUCAAUCCAGUCAGAACAAAUUAAUGCUGUUGCGUGGACCAACUUGGGAGUGUUAUACCUUGCAAAUGAAAACAUUGAGCAAGCUCAUGAAGCUUUCAAAAUGGCUCAGUCCCUUGAUCCAUCUUAUUUAAUGUGCUGGAUUGGACAAGCUCUUAUUGCAGAGACAGUUGGAAGUUAUGAUACCAUGGAUCUCUUCAGGCACACUACAGAACUCAGUAUGCAUGUGAGGGGAGCAAUAGGUUAUGCAUAUUGGGUCUGCACAACAUUGCAAGAUAAAAGCAACAGAGAAACAGAGCUGUACCAGUACAACAUCCUCCAGAUGAAUGCUAUUCCAGCAGCACAAGUUGUUUUGAAUAAAUACAUAGAAAGAAUUCAGAAUUAUGCUCCAGCUUUCACAAUGUUGGGUUACUUAAAUGAACAUCUGCAACUGAAAAAAGAAGCAGCAGAUGCAUACCAAAGGGCAAUUUUGUUGUUACAGACUGCAGAAGACCAAGAUACUUACAAUGUUACAAUAAGAAAUUAUGGCAGGUUGUUAUGUUCCAUUGGUGAAUAUGAAAAAGCUAUCCAGGCUUUUAAAUCAACACCCCUUGAAGAGUUAGAAGACAUCAUAGGUUUUGCAUUGUCUUUGUUCAUGAAAGGGCUAUAUAAAGAGAGCAGCAAAGCCUAUGAGAGAGCCUUGUCUAUUGUUGAAUCAGAACAAGACAAAGCCCAUAUCUUGACAGCUCUGGCAAUAACGGAAUAUAAACAAGGAAAAAUGGAUGUAGCCAAGACAUUGCUAUUUAAAUG